AUGCAUCUCAUCAAGCCAUCAUGGCUGAGCCAUCAAGGCGAGCAGAAGGACUUUGAGGUGUACAGCUGUCACGUCUCUCCCGACGGAAAGAGGCUGGCUACGGCAGGAGGAGAUGGACACGUUCGUAUAUGGGAUACCGAAGCUGUGUACAAUGCCCACGAUCGCACAUUUACGAAACCGAAGCAAUUAUGCCACAUGAGCCACCACCUCGGCACGAUUCACUCUGUUCGCUUCUCCCCCAAUGGCCGAUACCUUGCUUCCGGCGCCGAUGACAAGAUUAUCUGUGUAUACCAGCUCGAAAAGGGUGCGCCCGCUGUCGUAGCUCUCGGCAGCAACGAGCCUCCGCCAGUCGAGAAUUGGAAGACCUCGAAACGUUUGGUAGGCCAUGAAAACGACGUCCAGGACCUUGCCUGGGCCCACGAUGGCUCCAUUCUUGUUUCCGUCGGUCUCGACUCCAAGAUUGUCGUAUGGUCUGGGCACACUUUUGAGAAGCUCAAGGUGCUCUCUGGUCACCAGAGCCACGUCAAGGGCAUCACAUUCGAUCCAGCCAACAAGUUCUUUGCGACUGCCAGCGACGACAGAACAAUCAAGAUAUUCCGAUUUACCUCGCCGGCUGCGAAUGCGACCCAGCAUGACAUGAUUAACAACUUUCAGCUGGAAACCACCAUUAGCGCACCCUUCAAGUCAUCGCCAUUGACGACUUAUUUCAGACGUUGUUCCUGGUCUCCUGAUGGUAACCAUAUUGCUGCCGCCAAUGCCGUCAAUGGUCCUGUCAGUUCCGUUGCCAUCAUCGAGCGAUCUAGAUGGGACAGCGAGAUCAACUUGAUUGGCCACGAGGGUCCCACCGAGGUCUGCAUGUUCUCCCCACGCCUGUUUCACACGGAGAAGCCUGCCGAGAGUGGCACAUCCAACGGGCAUGCCACAGGAGCACUUGUGACUGUGAUAGCAUCAGCGGGCCAGGAUAAAACUCUGAGUAUAUGGAACACGAAUUCGUCUCGACCAGUGGUAGUGUUGCAAGACUUGGCCGCAAAGUCUAUUUCAGAUCUAGCGUGGACCCCGGACGGUCAGACACUGUUUGCUGCUAGUCUCGAUGGCAGCAUUGUUUGUGCUAGAUUUGAGACGGGUGAACUGGGCUGGGUAGCCAAUCUGGAAGAGACAGACAAGGCUUUGUCCAAGUACGGUGCCUCGAGAAAGGCAAUGGGCAUUGCUGAGGACGUUGAUGGGCUGCUGUUGGAAACUCACGCCAAAGAAGGUGAACGGAGAGGCGCAGAGUCCCGGAUGGGUGCUCUUAUGGGUGAUCAUCAUUCUGUUUCAAAAGACCUUGCACCAGCAACAAAUGGUACCAAGACAGGCACAGCGACGCCAAAUAAUGCACCUACGCCAAAUGGACAGCUUGCAGCAGAAGCCUCCAAGGAAUCUGAAAAAGAGAAGGAGAAUGAGAAGGAGAAGGAGAAGGAAGCAGAGGCCACUCCAGCACAAGAAACCGCCGAGAAGAAUGUGCAAAGAGUCAAUGACUUAAAAUCGCGAGUCACAAUCACCAAAGAUGGAAAAAAGAGAGUUGCGCCUAUGUUGAUAUCUUCAUCGGGGACUGGACAAUCAUCGUUACCUCAGACACAGCUCGUCGGUUCCAGCGCCACCAAGACCGCCCAAAAUGAAGCACCACAGACAAUACUGGAUCUCAACAAGCCCUACGAUGGUUUACCAGAGGGAGGCCUGGCGUCAAUGCUCCUGGGCAACAAGCGCAAAGCCAUUGUUGUCGAUGACGAAGACGACGAGCACGCUGGCAAGAGACCCGCAGCAGGGCCCCGUCCUAUUCUAGAAAAUGGCGUGGAUGGUCUCGAACCUGCCGCGCUAGAGCCUCAGCGCAGCGGUAUUGUGCCUACUCCAGACUUCCUGCGACCCGCCGUACUAAAUCCAUCCAUCGCCAUUUCCCAGCUUCGUCUAGCUGUACCCAAGAUACGCUCACAUAUCCUCAGGCCCCUUGAAAGGGGAGUUUUGCAAAAGGACACUACGCUAGAGGAAGCUUCGAAAAUCCCAGAAAACAUUAUUCUCGAAGCAAAGAAUCCCGUAUCCACUAGAGACCCGUCCCAUAUCACAGUCUCAAAGCGUGGGGCUGUUCUCUGGCAGGACUUUCUACCCCGGGCGACCAUUCUUGUCACUGGAAACAAGAACUUUUGGUCCGCUGCUUGCGAGGAUGGCAGUCUAUAUACAUGGACACCCGCCGGGCGUCGAUUGAUCAAUGCCAUGGUCCUCGAGUCACAGCCGGUGAUUCUCGAGUGCAGAAAUUGGUGGUUGCUAUGCAUUACAGCUGUUGGCCAGUGUCAUGUAUGGAAUAUCAAAACUCUGUCAUCACCACAUCCGCCCGUAUCUCUGGCUCCUGUGCUAGAGAUCGCCACAACGUCACUUCAACCACAUGCAGCAAUGCCAGGACCAGGCGUCACUUCGGCUCAUCUGAACUCAAAUGGUCACAUCAUAGUCACUCUCACCAAUGGAGAUGGGUACUACUAUUCUCCUAGUAUGUAUACCUGGCAGCGACUAUCUGAGGCCUGGUGGGCUGUCGGCAGCCAGUAUUGGAACAGCAACGAUUCCUCUGUUGGCGCGCUGCAGUCAACGGCUGUGGGCCCAACAACAGCCAAGAACAGCAAGAGCGAAGAAACUUUGGUGUCAGCUGGCAUCAUUCCGUACCUGGAGCGCCACACAACCAAUGAAUUCUUGCUUAAGGGCCGGGCUUACACACUCCAGCGGAUCAUCAAACAAUUGCUUUCGAAAGAUGGCUUUGAGACGUUCGAAUCCAGUGUCAGCAUUGCACAUCUCGAGAACCGGAUGGCUGGUGCCUUGCAACUUGGCGCCAAGGACGAGUUCAGAUUAUAUCUUUUCAUGUAUGCCAAGCGGAUCGGUGCCGAGGGGUCACGAGGCAAGGUUGAGGAACUACUCAAUAGUCUUCUUGGCGGUAUCCUGCAGGAUAAGGACGGCGAUUCUGAGCCAGGAAAGGGCUGGUUCAGUACGGACGAACAAAUUUGCGGAUGGGACCGGAAAAUAUUGCUGAAAGGCGUAGUGAUGAUAUUGGGCAAAUUCAGGGAAUUGCAAAGACUCACUGUGCAGUACGCCCGCGUGCUGGACCUGACACUAGAAGAGGAGGACAACAACAGUGAUGAGAUGAUUGUGGAAUCCUAA